AUGUUGUCAAGAUCCAUUGCUCGUUUUUCAAGGUCGAUUGCCCAACAAAAAAGAUUCUUGUCUUUACAUGAAUACCGUUCUGCUGCUUUAUUGAGCGAGUAUGGUGUUCCAAUUCCAAGAGGUUACCCAGCAACUACUGCUGAAGGUGCCUUCGAUGCUGCUAAAAAGUUGGGCACCGAUGAAUUGGUUAUCAAGGCACAAGCAUUGACUGGUGGUCGUGGUAAAGGUCACUUUGACUCUGGUUUACAAGGUGGUGUUAAAUUGAUUUCAUCACCAGAUGAAGCUAAAGAUUUAGCUAGUCAAAUGUUGGGUCACAAAUUGAUCACUAAGCAAACCGGUGCCAAAGGUAAGGAAGUUACUGCUGUCUACAUUGUUGAAAGAAGAGACGCUCAAUCUGAAGCUUAUGUUGCUAUUUUGAUGGACAGAGCUAAGCAAACUCCAGUUAUUGUUGCUUCUGCUCAAGGUGGUAUGGACAUUGAAGGUGUUGCUGCUAAAGAUCCAUCUGCCAUUAAAACCUUCCCAGUUCCAUUGGAAGAAGGUGUUUCAGACAAAUUGGCUACUGAAAUUGCAUCCUCAUUGGGAUUCACCAAGGAUGCUGUUCCAGAAGCCGCCAAGACUAUCCAAGGAUUGUACAAAUGUUUCAUUGACCGUGACUGUACUCAAGUCGAAAUCAACCCAUUGUCAGAAACCCCAGACCACAAAGUUUUGGCCAUGGAUGCCAAGUUAGGUUUUGAUGACAAUGCCGCUUUCCGUCAAGAAGAAGUUUUCUCAUGGAGAGACCCAACUCAAGAAGAUCCACAAGAGGCUGAAGCCAGUAAAUAUGGUUUGAACUUUAUAAAGUUGGAUGGUAACAUUGCCAACAUUGUCAACGGUGCUGGUUUGGCUAUGGCCACUAUGGAUAUCAUCAAAUUAUAUGGUGGUGAACCAGCUAACUUCUUGGACUGUGGUGGUACUGCUACCCCAGAAACCAUUGAAAAGGCUUUUGAAUUGAUCUUGUCCGACAAAAACGUUAACGGUAUUUUUGUAAAUAUCUUUGGUGGUAUUGUUAGAUGUGAUUACGUUGCCAAAGGUUUGAUUGCUGCAACCAAGAACUUCAACUUGGAAAUCCCAGUUGUCGUUAGAUUGCAAGGUACCAACAUGGCUGAAGCUAAGGAAUUGAUUGAAAACUCUGGUUUGAAAUUAUACGCCUUUGAGGAUUUGGAUCCAGCUGCCGAAAAGAUUGUAGAAUUGGCUCCAAAGAGAUCAUAA